AUGAAGAGAAAGUUAGAUUUGGUUGAAGAAGAAGAACGCGAGAGUGAACAUGAAGAAAGCGAAAGUUCUGGUGAUGAAAGCGAGGAUGAAGAACCAAGAAUAAAAGAAGAACCAAGAAUAAAAGAUGUUUUAAGCCAUCUUUCCCGAGCAGUGCCGGAAAAGCGUGCUUCUGAUUUGCUGCAUAGUAUGGCUGCGUCCAAAGAUAUUCUUUUCUGGACCCCCAGCGGACAAUUACUUCGAAAUAGACGCACUAUUCCCGUCACAAACAUCGCCGAGCUAGUUGAGUAUGUGUUACUCCCUCAUAACAAUGAGGUUACCAAGCCUCGUGCGCUGAAUACGUUUCUAGAUGGACUUGCAGAGUUAGGAAUCGAUAAAGGUUUAAUAAGAGACAUUGAUCAUGAAAUGUCCUAA